AUGGCUGAGUGGGGUGCUCGGGCCAGCAAGUCGGAAGAUGCGCUUGACGGCCAAAGCCACCGGAGCGCCCACAGCGAGCACGGCACCCCGAAGAGCGCGAAGAGCCCGAAGAGCACUCACAGCCGCAGCCAACGCAGCCAACGCAGCCAACGCAGCCAACGCAGCCAGGAUGGUGAAAUCCGGGGUGUUGUGGCAUUUGACGAGGAGCCAUUGCAGGAGGUGCGCCUCGAGUUCAAUUCCGAAGGGGCGGAUUCCAUGGAUGGCGCCGUGGACGCAGCCGUGGCCCCACAGCGCUCCGUGUACGAAGAUUAUGACGUGGCCAGGGAGCCCUCGUUGCAUAUGCCCCGCAGGGCCCAACAGGAGCCUGACGAAGCCCAGUGCAACGAAGCGGAGUGCAACGAAGUUGAAGCCGAAUGUGAGCCUGUGUGCAACCCAGCUCAGACUGACGGAGGCUUCACGGAGGAAGGGUUCAGGGGAGCCGGAGAGACUGUGGUGUAUUUUGCAUCCAAGCAGUCCAGCUAUGUGUCGCACUCGACGAGGCGCUCAAGAGUGCCGUCCAAGCAGUCCAAGCAAUCUUCAAAGCCGCCACCGAAGCCCAAGCCAAGUCGGCUGGGCAGAUGCCGUGCCCUGUGCAAGGCCUGUUGGGCCAACCGGUGCUGCAGGAUAUGCUGCAAAGGUUCCGGCGCUCUUUGUGGGCUCUUGAUGCUUGCGGUGGCUGUUUGUUUGGGCCUCUUUUGGCCCAGGGAUCUUUCAUGGAAGCUGACCACGCUGGACGUCGACACAGAACAACUCAUGGCCCUGGCGACCGCCGUGUCCGGGCCAGAAGCGCAGCACAUGGCGCCCACCUUCCUGACCUUGAAGGCGGAAGUGGACUUGUUCAACCCAAACCUCUUGGGUGCCAAGAGCGGGCCGGGCCGCAUCAAGAUCCGGCAUGGCGGCAGUUUGGUUGGGCAGGGCGCCGUAGAGCCGGCAACUGUACCGCCACAGGCCUCCGGCCUCCUGGCCGCAGACUUGAUCUUUCGCUUUCAGCCAUCUUUCCUGAGCGCCAUUGCAGAGGAAGUCGCGGAAGAGAGGUGGACUGUGCCACUCAGUCUGGAAGCAACUGCUGAGGUUGACAUCCUGAGUCUACUGCUUCAGUACCGCAUGUCCUGUGAUGUGCAGCUUUCCCUCUCCGACUUGAUGAUGUUAGAGACCCGGAGCAGGGCAGUUGCAGGGCAAGAGUGCAGGUACAGCUAUCGCUGA